CAGGUUUGUGCUUUGUUCUGGUCUGCACUAGCGGACACUUCGACGUCGUUUUUCGGAAUUCGCGGGAGCCGUCGUUGCUGGUCUGAGGGCAUGACUCAUACACCACCUUGGCGACCACCACCAGCGGACGAAACGGCUUCCCUCUGUUAUUGUUCUGCAGCUACUACGGCGUUUGCCAUCGUGCGGCUAGCUCUCUCUUGUCUAUUGGCAUACUACUAACUUAGUGCGCGUGUUUAUUCUCUUGUUCGCCAUCAAAGAACUUGAAACUGGAGGGAUAUGGCAAGAAAGCUGGUCGAGGUUUCUGACGAUUCCGCUUCAUCGUCGAGCAGUGCCAACAGUGGCGAUGCAAACGGAGGACGAUCAACUCCCGCCGGCCUGCAACGACCGAUUCUUCUUCCUCUGCAGACUCAGAUGAGCAUUCCCCUCCCACUGCUACGCAGCACGCCGACACACGAGGAGACGCGGGAGGAAGGCAGAGUGCUUCUCAGCUCGUUUGUGGACUAUCAGGUGGCACAGGAAGGAGCAGACAUGGACGCAGAGGCCAGCAACGAGUCCAUUGGGGACAUGGUGUACAGCCACACCAUCGAUGAAGAGGAUAUUGGCACUCCGCAUAGCCGCACUGAGGCAGAGGCUCUGCACCCUGUUUACCGCAACAUGGGUCGCGAGCUGCGCGCCCUCGCGGACCGUUUUUCCCAGAGCCGGGAACGAAUACGGGUGCGAGAGGAAGCCAACUCAUUGGAUCUCUCGAGCUUGACCAGGGACAACCUCACAACGCUGAUGCUUGAGCUCUUUGAGGACGGCUUCAGCCGCGAGAGGCUGGUCACGUUUUUCUUCUUCUGCAGCGACCUUAUCCUGAAGUCAGUCCGUUGCUCCGUGGGCGGACUGCGUUGGCAGGUUGUUGCCUGGGUGUGGGCUUUCCUUCGAGACCGCGUCUGUUUCUGGGUGCUCCAGCACGGCGGGUGGGAGGCCGUGCUCACAAACUAUCUGCCCAAAUUGGCCAUCACAGCGGCGGGCUUUGCCGUGUGUGUGGGUGUUGUAUUUUACAUUUGGAAGAACUGGUGAGGGGAUGAGCCGGCUUUCGAAAGCCGCAGGAUGCGUCAUUGCUCAUUCUACAUGCCUUUUUUUUUCCUCCUCUGCCCAAUGUUCACUGGCAGGGAGAUUUCGUCGUUUGUUCGAGCUGUCGGGAAUGUGCCAUUGUUAAUUGUUGCCACGACCGCCCUUGCAUGCUAUCGUGAGGAUGUGAGCAUUGACAAAGCAUUGGCGGGCAGGCAGUCUUCCGUGUGCCUCUUGUCCGUUAUUCUCUUGCACUGCCGUGUUGACAUUCCUUGCACUGAGGUAUGUUGUUAUGCAGUCAUUAUUUAUCCAGACACUUUGCCAGCUAGUACCAAUGUGCCAGCUGGUUUUGAGUCUCUCAUUGAGCUAUGCUUUUGUGCCUUGGACUGUGAUAAUCAUAUAUGUACAGAGGCAGGAUGUUUGCCUUUGCAGCAGGCCACUUCAAAGAUUGCCCAUGCUCCACGGAAUAAUUUAUUCAAAGUAUCAUCUACUGAAACAUUUGUGUCUAAAAGUAACUUGGACAAACCUACCUGGUCUAUUUGGCCUAUAGUUUGGCCAUAAUGUUUGGCAAUAUUAGCGAUAAUAUUAACUAUGUAUAUACCACUUAAUUGAAAUCAUGCUAAAUUCUGAACACACAACUUUGUUUAACAAUAGUAAAAUAUCGUAAAAAGGCAAUUAGCCUUUAGUUCUUGUUUUCUAUAACCUCUAAAUUUAAACUUCAGGGCCACUCUCAUUGUUGCUUUCAAUUCUAGCAAAAUGUGUAGUAGGAGGAGCUGAUCUAAAAACAUUUUGCUUGUGUCAUGGGUGAUCUAUUUGAUGUGUGCUUAUUUAGGAAAUUCCUUUUGUCCAAGGUCGGCAAAGCAUGGUUCUUUGUUGGCCUUAUGUACGGCCUUUGCAUUGCUCACUGGACGAAACCAGCGUUUCCAGUGUUUUUGGUCCUCGCGUACUUGUCAGGCAUAGUAUACAUGCAUUUUGUGCAGCAUUAUGUAUAUUUGUGUUUGUGUGUUCAGAUCUCAUGUUUUAGAGAUAUUAUUGUAGCUUGUUCGCUUUUUUUAUGAGGCUGUCAGGCUUGCAAAGCAGCUGACAGCAACAUUGAUAUUUCACUGAGACUGUGAGAGUAUUUUUUAGAAUGUUCUGAAUGCUGAUUGAGUCGUGUAGCUCUUUUGCUGACACGUAUACACUUGGAUUGUUUGUUUUUCAGCGAUUUGAUUAAUUUUAAAGGCAGGUGUCUGUCACUUUGUGUAGCUGCCCAUACUUGGCUCUUCUACAAGCACUUUUUUUGUAGCGGCAUAUUUUGUUCCGGUCAUUUCCUGCCUUGUAGAUGUUUAUACAAGCAUCAUUGUUCCUAUGGAAUUUCGCUGGAGUGUACCCAGGGAACGCACAUUUAGCAGGCCUUCCAUGACGCAAAUUGCCAGCAAUAACACAGCACCCUAUCAUAUGGCUGUUGUGUGGCUCGGUCUUUCAGGAUGCGGAGCACCUUUAGUAGCAAACCACUCUCGUUGGGUCUGCAUGUAGCUCAAGUGGCCCACUUGCCAGUAAUGUGCCAUUUUUUUACCCUUUAGUUGCAGACAGUAAACUUGUCGCCUUAUUGUAAAAUUGAUUCACGUCAAAAAGUUUUCUUGACUUUCUUAACAGGGUGAAUGAAAUUUGUGACAGGCUUGCCUUUCCUUAAAAUUCAUGCCAUGGGCUAACAAAUAUAUUUCUUUGAGUUCAUGAAGAAAAAAAAAAAAAGAGGAGCGCAAGCCUUUUUGCUUAGUGGCAAAACCCCAAAAUUUCAUCCGUUCAGAUUUAUUUAUUUAUUUAUCUGUUCAAGUCGCCACAGCCUUAGCUACGCAUCAGAUUUCUUUAUAGUUUUUACUCUCUCAGGAUGAAAGUCCAACUCCGAGGUACCGGAAGGUUUUAUUCUUUUUUCAACAAAAAUUCAGGCCAUCAAUUUUCUAGGGUCGGCCAGUUUGCCGUUCCUGAAGAUCCAGCUUAGCCGAUAGAGGAGAGUUGACCUGUGUGACUGACAGUGAUGCAUUGAACCUUGUGUAGUGUUUUCUUGGUUUAUUUUAUUUGUUGUACUUUUUUGAAGUGUUCCUUCUGGCUAAUCACUUUGCUUUGUGUAACAUUUUCUUGCCUGCUUCAGUGUUGAGCGUAAUUUUUUUUAAACGAGCUGCUGUAGUAAUGGCAAAUGGAGCACUGUGUCAUUUUGUGUACAUUGCGACAGCUGCCCCUUUGUGCCAACAUUUAGCCCAAAUCAGUGGCCCUUCAUUUACCACUUUGUGGCAAUGCUAUAAUUUUAAUUUUUACUUUGGCAGUAGAGCAGUACUGCUCCUUUUUUCGUUUUCAUGUAUUUUGAAUCUUGCAUAAAAUUUUAAGUUUUAAAUGUGCGCUGCCAAAAAUUAACCAGGUGGUUUAUUGCGGAUGCAAGUUACCAGCUUGGCGUUUCCCAGUAUUACUGCGAGGUCACACAGUUUCUCAUUUGUGGGAGAACGCUGAGGCUCUUGGAAGAUUGUUUUGUGGUGCAAGACUUUUUAGCUGUGUGUGUGACAGAAACCCCACCUUCGUAGAGUCUUCUUAAUUUGUUUGCUCAAACUUUCAUGUGGCUCACGUUUCUUUUUAGCGUUUAGUUGUGAUAAGCUAUAAGGCUGUCUCAAAAGCUUUAGACAUGUAAAACCCCCCUUUUUUUAAUUCAUGCAUGGCCCUAACGGGGCGUGCCUAAUGUACUUAUCUCGUGCAAUAGCUUUUUCUGUGGGCUGAGCGAGCACUUUUAACAGGCUUUCACAACUUUCUAGAACAGACAUCUCUUUGAUGGCUUCAUUCUCGUCUUGACUUUUCUUUUUUUUGCAUGAAUCUUCUAAAUGUUUCGUUGGAAGCCGAAAUCGGGGCUUUAAUUGCAAGUGUAUGAGUACGCUUUAUCUUUGUUUCAUUUUCGUGAGCAUCGUUUCUGCUCGCACCUCGGCAAAAUAAGGGUGAACGUUUCUCAGCAAUGCAGUAAAUGCACAUGCCGCGUUUGGGAGGUUGUUGUACUGAGCGUCCCUAAACUAUUGCUAAAUCGGCGGCAGCAUGUGUCAGAUAUAACAAAGGAGUGUGAACAGCGGGAGCACAGUUAAGUUGAGGCACUGUCUUGUCCCAACCAGCUCAUAGUCUUAUGUGCCUUUGACGUAUAUGUUCUUGUGGCUUGCUACAGCCUCUGUUUUGUUUACGAGGCACUAUUGGGGGGGAUACUUGAAACAAACAAUAAAGUUUAUGCAACGCGGUGGAUCAGCCAAAUACAUUAAGCUCACUUAUGGUACAUGGCAAAUAAUGUAAAGUGAAGCUUAUGCCAUUCUGCUGUCACAAGAAGAUAUCAGUCUUAAGAGCAGUCUCGUGCACAGCGUUUAAAUUUGCAAGCCGUUCCGUAAAAAAUGAAAAAAAAAAAAAGAACUGGUGAGGCAGUUGAACUAUGUGGCUGCUACUACUAGAACUGUAUCACAACGUCCGUACACUAAAUAUUUCAUAAUUGAAGGCUUACAAUAGGAAAUGCAAGAGACUUGCCUAUAUAUGAGUGCAUUGUUGGCUUGGGUUUCAACAUGACCCGAAAAACUUAUGUACUCAAUUGGAAUCCAGUAUUUUUGAUUCCCUUAAUAUAAAGAUUACUGAUGUCUUCAGUUUGAUGCAAGGCAAAGCAGUGCUGGUAAGGCCUAACACUGGUUAGGCCGCACAGCCUACACCCCAAGGCAAACCGGAGUGUUUGUAAAGUCUGUCUGCCCAAUAACAAGUCGUCAUCUGGCUUGCUUGCGUUUUCUUUCCUUGAAAACGGUGUACCCAUUACUUUCCUAUCAAGAAUGUUAUGUCGCUCUGAACUCUGCAUGCCAAUUGUGGCCAGAAAGUAUUGGUAGUUUGCCUAUAAUUUAUAGAAAGCAUGCACGAUGCAAUGAAACUGCUUUAUAAGAGGGGCUGAUGUGACUGACCAAUUCGCAUAAAAGACAUCAGUGUUCUAUAUAAAACAAGGGUUGAUAAGAAAGUAUGUAUAUACAAACCACCCUAUGUAUAAGAGACACCCCAUAUGAAAGACAAGGAUUGGUCCCCGGUGCAUGUCUUGUAGAUUAAUUCUACUGUAGAUAGUUAUUCAUGCGUGGCAGAAAUAUGCUCUAAGUAUGCAUUUUUGCCUUGAAGUGUCUUGUCUCAUUGGUUAUCAGGUUUGGUGUGAUGAGCGCUACUUUUUCUAGCACCAUUUCCAAGAGCUGCAUGCAUAUUUUAAGGCAACGGCCCGUACUUACCACAGACAUGACUGCCAAGUCGUGACAUGUAAUUUUCAGUAUAUUUGGCAUGUUUGACAUACCGUCGUAUCUAUUCGACCGAGGUUUUGCUGCACAUUUUUUAAUGUUACCGUAGUUGGCUUACUCCUGCAGCUGAGAUGAGUCUUUGGCACCAUCUUGUGAACACUUGCAACAAUAUAUAUGCCUUGUAUACACCUUUCUGGAGAGCUUUUACUUGUAUAUUGCCACAUAUAUUGUCUGUCUGGUGCGUGAGCUGGGUUUUCAAGAUGCUGUGGCCAUGACGGGAUUCUGCUACACUGCCAUUAUUCCAUGUGGGGUGUGUAGUUUCGAUGAACUGUGUGCGUCAUGUCUGUUUAUAUGAUACCAAAUGUUAUUUUUUAUACCCUGUUUGGUGUGUUCACAAAUAAACGGAAACAUUUUUCACAUCCGAA